UAGUCUCUGCUUCAACGGUCCGGUUGUACAACGCCUGGCGCACAUAUCGCUUUGGGCUCACGGGAUUGUUGAUAGAUUUUUUGACGUGUUCUGGCGUGUUCUUCCGGCGGGGUGACGGUGUCCGGCGCCGGCUUGGUCGAGAGGUGCCGGGGGUUGGCGGAUCUUGGUGUGCCCACAGUUGUGGUGGGCGGCUGGCUUUUGCUUUGCCGGGGGACACUUGGAUGACUUUUGCGUUUUAGCUGAGGGCCGAGUUUUGGGUUUUGCUAUCUAGUGUUCUCUGUGUGGGGCGGGGCAGGUGCUUGUCACCCUAAGGGAAUCCUUGGGCAGCCCAAUCAUCUGCCCGUUUGCGUUUCUGUGCCACGAUUCAUAUUAGUUUCCAGUGAUCGGUGUCACUCAUAUCGCGAUUUGGCUUGAUAUUUCACCGUUCCGGGCUUCGCGAUUAACCCUUUACGGGUAAGCCGGGUUGCAUCCGAUCCCACGAUCGUCGUCACCCCUAAAUCAACAACAACAUCAUUAUAGCCUCUCCUUCAUGCAAGCUGCACCUACUAUCAAGAAGAUCAUAGCCUUGUCGGGGACAGACAGCCUGUGUGUGUAUAUAUGUUAGGCUUACAUCGAGUUCCCUCUAAGGUUGAAGUACAGACCUUUCCACACGAUUCAACCCCACAGCAACAGUUAACCAACUCUUGGGUUCCUAUUUAGUGCUAGGUGAAGAGCGGUAUUAGGUGAAAGAAAACGUGCCCACCCAUUACUGUCCAUUCGGCAUUCGAAUCUGGGAUUCCCGAUUGUGAGUCAAGAACGAACCCAACCAUGCUACAGAGACCCUAUAUAAUCGGUAUAUUUACAUUAUCCGGCCAGAAUUAACUAACAUUUUAUAACGCAUCUAAGCUAAAUAUGAAACAUGAAAAUUACAGAUGUAAUGAAUAGUUACUAAAGGAAUUGGUAGAGCGUUUUUAUAAUGUAAUUGCAGGAAUAUUUACUUAGGGAAUAAGAGUAAAAUGACUUAAAAUGGAGUGGGGGAGACUGAGGGCGCCAUGCAGGAGCUGCAGCAGUAGGGACGACACACACCCUCCCUACGACCACGCCUUCCACUACCCUGGGGGUACCACUGACUCCACAGCGACCCACGGAAUGGCGGAGGACGUGUCAGACGGUGGCUGGCCCGCCACGCUGGCCCGGGGUCUUCACCAGGCCUGGCAGACUAGGCUUUUCACCGAUUUGGUCAUUACCACUCGUGAUGAGGUCAUCCACGCUCACAAGGUCAUCCUGGCUGCCGCUUCCCCUUAUUUUAGAGCGAUGUUGUCGGUGGGUCUGGUGGAGGGGAGGACCCAGAGCCUGGUCCUGGAGGACGUGGCCGGUGCCGUCCUCAACACCGUCCUCACCUACGUCUACACCGGCCGGGCACCACUCGACCAACACAAUAUUACAAACGUCCUUACUCUAGCUGAUUACUUUCAGAUAUACGAUCUUAAAAAGCUUUGCUGCUAUUAUUUAAAGAACCACUUAGUGAUGGAGACCUGCUUGAGUGUUUAUGAGGUCGCCAGCCUGCACCGGUGCCACGACCUGGCUACUGAUGCCCUAGCUCUGGGCUGCUCCCAGUGCUCUCAGGUCCUCGGCCACCCAGCCUUCCUCUCUCUCCUGCCAGAGACGCUCCUAACACUCCUCAAGCAACCCUACCUCAAUAUUGAGUCGGAGGAGGAGCUCCUUAACGCAGUGGUCCGCUGGGCGGCUGAAGACCCAGACGAGAGACAAAAAUGGCUCGUAACUCUCCUCCAGAAUAUUGAUUUGGGGCACCUUAACGCACAGACAAGAAUAAAAUGGAUAGCUACGCUAGAAGAAAAGCAACUGUUAUCCGAAGAUUUACGACACAUUGUGGCCUCAGAGAUUACCUCAAGUAGAACUGAGAAUUGUUCUGUCGAUCAAGACGAAUCAUCAAAGAAAACGCGGCAUAAUUCUCAGGAGGAGGUGUUGCUUGUGAUGGGCGGCGAGUCAAAUGGUCGCCUGCUUGGCAAUGUGGAAUGUUUUGCCCUUGGUUACUCGUCUUGGCGGUGCAGUAUACCUGACACCUCCCUCCAGCCUGGUGACCGCAGGAGCACCCGGCUGCAGGUCCUCCCCGCCAUGAAGCAGCCUAGGGCAUACUGCGCUGUGGCCACUCGCCACAACCUCGUCCAUGUCCUCGGAGGUCAGACGAGUAAUACAUUCCUAGCCUCUUGUGAGUGCUACAGGGUAUCAUCGAACACCUGGCAUAGAUUUCCUGACUUGCCAGCACCUGUCCACGGAGCAGCAGCUACUUUCCUUGACGGAGUUCUCUACUUCGCCGGCGGCAGGUCGCAAAAGAGAUACCAACAUGAGCUCUUGGUUUAUGAUGAAUCUAGCGAGAGCUGGGUGGGCAGAGGGUCCCUGAGCGAGGGCCGAGGCCACUUUGGUCUGGUGGCCCUCCAUGGGUCACUGUUCGCUGUUGGCGGUGUGGCCGCUGCCGGGGGCACCAGUCGAGUCCUACGCUCCUGUGAAAAGUUUGAUCCAGGAUCCGAUACCUGGGUCCCGAUUGCUCCACUAGGACAGGCGCGGUCAUACCUGGGUGUAGCGGUGGUGCAGGACCAGAUAUACGCCAUUGGUGGCUACGAUGGCUCGCGAUGGCUCUGUUCUGUCGAGAAAUACGACCCUCUGAGUGACCAGUGGACCUCAGUGUCAUCUAUGAUCAGCGCUCGAAGCAGCUUUGGUGUGACCGUCAGUCAUGGAAGGAUCUUCUGUCUCGGUGGAUUUAGUGGAGAGUCGAACCUCAAUACAGUUGAGAAGUACAACCCACGAACUAACAUGUGGCACUGUGUUCAAUCUAUGCAGCUUCGUCGCUUUGGGUUGGUUGCAGCCACUGUUAGUGUUCCUGCCUCGCCACCAGUGUAGUGGCUCACUCCAUGUUCAAUAUCUACCAGGGUGUCCACCAGUUUAGCAGCUCACUCCAUGUCCAGGUGAAGUUCUUCCAGGUGGCAAACUGAUGAGUGAUGCCAUUUUUUGCUUUUCAUGCUACUUAAAAGAGGAAAGAGGGAAAAAACAAAAAAUCAAUUUGCUCUCUUAAGAACUUCACCUGCUUGUGCAAGCCCGUGAGCUCAUGCCUGUAGGGAUGUUACCUUCCUGGAAGGAUGAACCAUGUAGUUAUUAUAAACGAGACAACGAAAAAGUCCAACACGAUACCACAGAAAAUGAGGCAUAAGUAUCUUGAGUAAAUGUAUAAAGAAACCAGAAAUGAAUUAGAUCAAAUCUACACUGAUGGUUCAUUUAAUCCUACUAAUGGCAGGGCUGGGGCAGUAUACACUGUAAUUAGGAAUAAUGUCUCAAAACAGAAAUGAAGAAAAGGCACGUAUUGAGAACCAUGUCUCUUAAGUGCAAGCAGAGUUGUUAUGGCAUUAAGAUUCCUUGAAAAAAACACUAAAGGUGCAGUGACCUGCACCGAUUCAAAAGCAGCACUACAAAACAUUUGUAAAAAAACAGGCAGAAAACCAAGCUAUGGUUGCUGAAAUCAAGAGAGCUCUGAGAGUGCUAAUCAAUCGGUGAAGAGUGGUCAAAUUCCUGUAGAUCCCCUUCCACGUUGGGUCUGUUGGAAUGAACGAGCAGAUGUGCUGGCGGCUGAGGACGCUGAAGGAGUCCAUAUUGAAUACAUCUUACUCAAGACUCUUCUACAAAUUAGAAGUAUUAUCAGGUAACAUCACCGUGAUAAAGUAAUUGAGUAAAGGGAGGAUUGAAGAAAAAACCCGAAUCUGUACACUGGUAUUACAGGUGGCGAAUGAGGAUGUUAUAUAGGUACUGGUAUAAAACUAUCACCAAUCAGAAUCACCUCAAAAUACCACAUACAUUGUGGGAAAAGCUUCCAUUGUAACACCAACUGGAACAAAAGCCUUCCUUGGGAAGAAUGCUGGGUCUAGUCCCCAGGAAAGAAACUCCCAAUGUUUAAUGUGUAGUGAAUGUUUGCGCCCUCCAAGCCCACUGGAUAAAAAUACUUGUGUUCAA